CUCCAUAUAGCACAUCUCAUUAAUUCACUACCUAGCUUUCUUGCACCAACAAGCCUGUCUUGUGCGUUACUAUUCACCAUGAAAACCACCCAUAAUUACUACAAUUUCUUCGUGUCUUUUCUUUUGCUGAGCUCAGUUUUCAUUGCAACUGAAGCCCGUCUCUUCAAUGUCAUGGAGCCUCGAGGCUCUGCUCGUGGAGGUUGUGGCGGUUUCUUUGACGGUUUAUCUCUUGGAGGGAUCAAGCAGUCCGGCCCAAGUCCCGGUGAUGGACACAAAUUUGAAAAUCAGGAGACUCUUGGAGGAAUUAAGGACGGUCCAAGUCCUGGUGAUGGACACAAAUUUGUAGACCACGGGACCCUUGGAGGAAUUAAGGACGGUCCAAGUCCUGGCGAUGGAAACAAAUAUGUAGACCACAAGACCCUUGGAGGAAUUAAGGAGGGUCCAAGCCCUGGCGGCGGACACAAAUUUGUAGACCACCAAACACUUGGAGGAAUUAAGGACGGUCCAAGCCCCGGCGACGGACACAAAUUUGUGGACCACAAGACCCUUGGAGGAAUUAAGGACGGUCCAAGCUCCGGCGGCGGACACAAAUUUGUGAACCACAAGACUCUUGGAGGAAUUAAGGACGGUCCAAGCCCCGGCGGUGGACACAAAUUUGUGAACCACAAGACUCUUGGAGGAAUUAAGGACGGUCCAAGCCCUGGCGGCGGGCACAAAUAUGUAGAUCACCAAACACUUGGAGGAAUUAAAGACGGUCCAAGCCCCGGCGACGGACACAAAUUUACAGACCACAAGACUCUUGGAGGAAUUAAGGACGGUCCAAGCCCCGGUGGUGGACACAAAUUUGUGGACCACAAGAUCCUUGGAGGAAUUAAGGACGGUCCAAGCCCCGGCGGCGGACACAAAUUUGUGGACCACAAGACCCUUGGAGGAAUUAAAGACGGUCCAAGUCCUGGCGGCGGACACAAAUUUGUAGACCACCAAACACUUGGAGGAAUUAAAGACGGUUCAAGCCCCGGCGACGGACACAAAUUUACAAACCACAAGACUCUCGGAGGAAUUAAGAAUGGUCAAAGCUAUGUUCAUGGUCACAAUUAUGUCCAUGGCGUUAGUCAAUGACUCCUCUCUAGCAACUUUGACAUUUGACACGCUUUUUUAUCGGUUCAUUUUUUUUUUUUUUUUUUUUAACCUAUUCUAUCGGUUCAUUUUAUUUUUUUUUUUGAAUUUUUUUUUUCAGAUUCUAUUGAUAAUUUAUUUCGGUAUAUGGCAUAUAAAUGCUUUAUCCCUUUUUUUUUUUUUUUUAAUUAUUAUUAUUGUAAUGGAAUUUUUAUUUUAUUCUAUUUGUCUUUGUUUGAAUAGACUGAGGGGCAAUUAAAUAAAUUGAAAUCAAUCCAUUGCUUCG